GGGGGAUGCUGUGUAACAAUGGGUGCUUUGUGAGAGGAGGACUGGCCGUAGCAGGAGUGGGGGGCCUCUGCAGCGCUGAGCAGAGCCACUUCAUUAGUCAAGGCUCUCCCUCCUCCCUCCAUUCUCUCUCUCCUCCUUCUGUCAUUCUCUCGCUCGCUGUCGACAUAACACACUCUGAAGUCUGGAACCAGCCAGUAGAGCCUGCGUGGUUUUGUUGCGCUUUCUGUUUUCCGGUCAGAAGCAGGGUGGAGACGGGGUUUUCCGACUAUCUGGGGGUUCUACGCAGCUCUUUUUGUACAUGACUAUUGUCUUCCUCCUGUCUUAAGGAUGACAAGGUGAAUCUCCUCUGAUUGCAGCGAUGGCAGUGCAGGCUGGCAUACAGGUGUGGUUCAGGGAGAAGUUUGACACGCCCCUGCAGAGUCCUCGCAGCCCUUUGACCCUGCGCCAUGGGCCGGGCUUGGCCGAUGUCUUCCAGUAUGACCAGUGGCUGGCCGUGCGCCACGAAGCCACACUGGUACCCAUGCAAGAGGACCUGGCCAUCUGGCUCACCGGGAUGCUGGGAGAGGAGGUGAGAGCGGAGAGCUUCAUGGCGGAGCUGAACAAUGGGGUGAAGCUGUGUCAGCUAAUCGGAGCUCUGCAGAGCAGGAUCUCUCAGAGCGGGGCCUCUGAUAUGGGCAAGUUGUUUCCCAUGAAGAAGGUGACAUGCAAGUGCAAUGCCUCUCCAGGGUCCUUUUUCGCGCGCGACAACACUGCCAACUUCCUGGGCUGGUGUCGCCGCAUAGGUGUGGAGGAGACGUACCUGUUUGAAUCAGAGGGCCUAGUUCUGCACAAGGAUCCCCGGCAGGUGUGUCUGUGUCUGCUAGAGAUCGGCCGCAUCGUCUCCAAGUAUGGUGUGGAGCCUCCGGUGCUGGUGAAACUGGAGAAGGAGAUUGAUCUGGAGGAGACCCUGCUGAAGACGACAGAGCCUGCUCCUGCAGUCAAAACCUUCACUGUGUGCUGCCAGCAUGGGGGCCUCUACCAGCCUGGGGAGCAACAUCUGACGGACGAGCCUCCGUGUAACUGCUCCCAGAGAGUAUCUAUUGAAUACCUGUCAGAGGGCCGUUACAGACUGGGAGACAAGACCCUCUUCAUCCGGAUGCUGCAUGGGAAGCAUGUGAUGGUGCGUGUGGGGGGUGGCUGGGACACCCUAAGGGGUUUCCUGCUCAAGUACGACCCCGGCCGGGUGCUCCAGUUCACAACUCUGGAGCAGAAGAUCCUGGCAUACCAGAAGGGGCCACCGGGCUACGGCUCUGCAGCAGCGGCCCCUCUACCUGACAUGGACCCUCUUGCUGCAGUCAACCUCAUCCCCUCGUCUUCCUCCUCGUCUUCCUCUGGUUCGGCCUCCAAAGCUACCUGCACCCCCGUCUCGACCCCAACUCUGCCCAGGAAAGCAGCUGCAGCACCCAAAAAGAUCCUGCAGAUGCCCCUUCCCUCGCCCAAGAAGCCCACCCAGAAGCCCUUGCCAAUUCCCAAAAAGGUGGCUGCUGUGUCACCCACCCUGUCUUCGCAGCAGGGCCCAAGCCCUUCACUUCACAGUGGCAAGAGCCAGCAGACGGCACCACUGCUACAUUACUCUUCUGCCCCCAAGCUGAAGCUCCGGCCAUCCCCUUGCGGCGCCCUCUACCAGCCCCGUAGCCCUGUGUGCCCCGAGCCCUCCUGUAAAUGUCCUAAACCCUCCUCCACUCCAUCCACCCACACCUCCAUCACAGUGCCUCGCCCCGCCACAGCCCCAUCGAGGGUACACUUCCAGAAAGAUGGCCGACCCCCAACCGGCACCACCCAACGCCGCCUGUCUCAGAGGCGGCCCACCUCCCCGACCUCAAGCCUUCGUCUGGAUGUUGCAAGACUGGUCCGUCCAACCCCCCGGGUGGCUGUGCCAACACCCAGGCCUGCAACGGCCCAACCCACCAGGGCACUAAACCCUACCUCCAGGAAUGCCACAACAGCCCUGCCCAAAUCCAACAUCGCGCUCCCCAAGAGCAAAGACACAACAGCCAAAAGCCAGGCCCAAACCAGGGCCAUCCCCAAAGUGGUUGUGCCUCCAUGUGGUGGCACCCCUGGGUGGGUACCAGGGGCCCCUAGUGGCUCUUCCGCUGUUGGCAAGACCAACCAGAGAACGGUACCAACUGCACAGAGGGCAGGACGGAGGCAAGAGCCUACCACCAACACCCCCUCUCUCAAACCAGAGCCCACCAAAACGGCCCCCCGAAAAACCAGCCCCAACAUCAAAGCCCUCCCCUCCCAAAAGAACACUGCUCUCACGAAGAAGACCCAACUCAAGAACAAAAGCGAGGACCCUUAUUUUGAAAUGAACAGUAGAAGGCAUCAGAAGACGUGAGACGUAAUUGGGGGACAUAUAUAUAUCCAACCGGUUAUAGAUGCAGCAACUGUCAAGACACAAGCUAGUGUGUAACUUUCAAAACGUCAUUUGCAUUCUACCAUUUUUAUGUUUAUGUUUCUGUUGGUUAGAUUUUUUUUGUUACUUUGUCUCCUUUUAUUGUCCUGUUGUCAAAAGCUUGAAGCUCAUGCUUCAAUAGCAUUUUACAAGAAGUCCAUUUUUAUACUGUCUUUGAAUGGGUUGAGAAGUGAGUGAUACUGAUUUUAUCUGAGGUCAGCUCAAUUCAGUCUUUAGCCUAACAGAAACACUCAAUGGAAGUGUUGUCAACCAACAUCCCUUCAACAGCCCUUUGUUUCUUAUCCUUUUCCCUCUCCACAGAGGGCUCACUCUUUGUCCAUCUGAUCUGAUACAUAUUUUUUCUCUGCAUAUUAAAGUUUGACUUUUAAACAUUGACAUUUUCUUUUCAGAAAGGGUCAUUUCUGUGCAAAGCAGAGCUAAGUAAGGCAGCACACUUUGAACAUUUGCUUUUUGAGUUUUCAAUAUUCAUUACAAGCAGGUUACUGUAACCAAAGUUUCACAUAUUUGACAGAAAAUAUAACUGGACUGAAUGUUUGUCCUCUGUGUGGAUAAGCAUUUCAUUGAUGGAGGUAUGAUUGAAUAUAGAUGUUUGUUUCUCUAUGUCACAGACUGGAUGAUGAAUGUGGUAUUUUCCAUUUUAGAGGUCAAAUUAAGCACUGUUGGAAUGUUUCUCGUGUGCCUUUAGAAAUGACUGUUGUUGCUGAGUGGCUUUAGAAUGUACUAGAAGCUAGGGUUUUAAUAUUUGUUUUUACAAAUGAGAAUUGCACAAAGUACAAGCACUCAGACUGAGUUUUUUUAUGAUUAUUACAAGGUCAAACCUCAAAUGAAUUACUACUGAUAAUAAUAUGCCUCUAACACAUCCUUUGAACACGUAGUAGACAACAAAGGGACAAGCAAAGCCCUUAAUCAUUUUACAGAGGGGGAAGUUAACGUGAGGUAGAUUUUAAUUUGUUUAUUUUCAUUGAUCAUGUUUUUACUUUUCUGCGUGAGCUUCACGUCUAAGUUACUUUAUCUGUUUUCUUGGUCAGCACUUUAUUAAAACCUCUUGGUGUGUUUGUCAAUUUGGAUGUUGAUUCUGUUGAUUUGUGUUGUCUGAUCUACUUUUGUUACAUUGUCCAAUAAAAGGCCAAACGUUGCCAGACUUCCUU